CCUCCACCUAGCAGGCCUGUUUGUAGGGUUAGGGUUAUUCCUCUUCUAAGAUGCCGCUUUCGCGUUCCUUGUCCAUGACGUCCCUGAGCGGCCUGCUGCCGGCUUGGGAGGAGGACGAGCUGCCCGUGGAGGACCUGCUGCUCUUCGAGGUGGCCUGGGAGGUCACCAACAAAGUCGGAGGAAUCUACACAGUGAUUCAGACCAAAGCCAAGAUCACGGUGGAUGAAUGGGGGGAGAACUACUACAUGAUGGGGCCCUACUUCGAACACAACUUUAAGACCCAGGUGGAGGGCUGCGAUCCGCCAAACCCCGCCAUCAGGAAGGCCAUGGAUGCCCUCAUCCAGAAUGGCUGCCAGGUUCAUUUUGGCCGCUGGCUGAUUGAGGGCAGCCCCUACGUGAUCCUGUUUGACAUCAGCUCUGCAGCUUGGAACCUGGACCGCUGGAAGGGGGACCUGUGGGAGACCUGCAGCAUCGGCCUGCCCUACCACGACAGAGAGGCCAACGACUCGCUCAUCCUGGGCUCCCUGAUCGCCUGGUUCUUCAAAGAGUUAACAGAUCAGCUGGGAGACAAACCCAAUGUCAUUGGUCAUUUCCACGAGUGGCAGGCGGGUCCAGGGCUUAUUCUCUCUCGCUCCCGCAAGAUCCCCAUGGCAACAGUCUUCACCACACACGCCACCCUGCUGGGACGAUACCUCUGCGCCGGGAAUGCCGACUUUUACAACAACCUGGACAAGUUCAAUAUUGACAAGGAGGCAGGUGAGAGGCAGAUCUACCAUCGUUACUGCCUGGAGAGAGCGGCGGUCCACUGUGCUCACGUCUUCACCACAGUGUCCCAGAUCACUGCUGUGGAGGCCAACCACAUGGUUCACAGGACACCAGAUGUGGUGACCCCCAAUGGUCUGAAUGUGAAGAAGUUCUCGGCCAUGCACGAGUUCCAGAACCUGCACUCCACCAGCAAGGCCCGCAUCCAGGAGUUUGUCAGAGGACACUUCUAUGGUCAUCUGGACUUCAACCUGGAGAAAACCCUCUUCAUGUUCAUUGCUGGACGAUACGAGUUUUCCAACAAGGGUGCUGAUAUUUUCCUUGAAUCACUGUCCAGACUCAACUACCUACUGCGGGUCCACAGAAAUGAUGUGACAGUGAUAGUCUUCUUCAUCAUGCCGGCUAAAACCAACAACUUCAAUGUGGAGUCACUAAAGGGGCAGGCAGUGCGGAAACAGCUCUGGGACACAGCUCACACUGUGAAGGAGAAGUUUGGCAAAAAGCUGUAUGACGCUCUGUUAAAAGGGGAGAUCCCCGACAUGAACUCCAUUCUGGAGCGAGACGACUUCACCAUUAUGAAGAGAGCUAUCUACGCCACUCAGGAGUCCAGCUCCCUCGCAGGUGUUCAUGAAGAAUGCGUAUUUUUACUUCCAUGUUUCCACAAUAUCUCUCUGAAAAUGUCUCCCUGUCUGUCCUCCACCUCUAAGAUUAUCUUCCACCCUGAGUUCCUGUCCUCCACCAGUCCUCUGCUGCCCAUGGACUAUGAGGACUUUGUUCGUGGCUGUAACCUUGGAGUGUUCCCCUCCUACUAUGAACCAUGGGGAUACACACCUGGUGAAUGUACUGUAAUGGGCAUUCCCAGUGUGACCACCAACCUCUCAGGUUUCGGCUGCUUUAUGGAGGAGCAUGUCUCAGACCCUGCUGCCUAUGGUAUUUACAUUGUCGACCGGCGGUUCCGUUCGGCCGAGGAGUCCUGUAACCAGCUGACCCAGUUUAUGUUCAGUUUCUGCCAGCAGUCUCGGCGCCAGCGCAUCAUCCAACGGAACCGAACUGAGAGGCUGUCUGAGCUGCUGGACUGGAGAUACCUGGGACGGUUCUACAUACAAGCCCGCCAUCUUGCUCUUAGCAGAGCUUUCCCAGACAAGUUCAAGAUGGACCCCAUGGCCCCUCUGAAGGCAGAAGGUUUCCGUUACCCCCGGCCCUACUCGGUGCCCCCUUCACCAUCUGCCUCCCUCCACUCCACCCCCCACCACAGUGAUGUGGAGGACGAUGAUGAUGACGAGCCCUAUGAUGAAGACGAGGAGGCUGAGAGGGACCGGCUGAACAUCAAGGCCCCCUUCGUCCUGGGUGCCGUGCCGGAGGGCAAGAAGAAGCAACCAGGAGAGUCAGGCAACUGAAAUCUACCAUGCAGAUUGUACACAGGUUUACUGCUGGAUGUGUAGUGAGUAAUUACCAUCAUAUUCUUACACACCCGCUGCAAUAAAAUCCCCCAUCUCCACUGCCAUCACUUAGUGUACUUCCACCACUGCAACGUUUCUUGAAGGUUUGUGGAUUUGAGUUAAAAUUUUUUAAAAAGUUAUAUACUAGCCCGGAUCCAGGUCCAUCACAAAACCCAGACUCGAGGCUCAGUUUAAUCAUGGCGUUCCCCAAGGCUCCAUUCUGGGCCAACUGUUGUGUUCAACGUGCUUCCUCAAUUAGGCCACAGAAUGAUGACCUCCAUCGCUAUGCAAAGGACACACAGUUAUAUGUUCUAAUGUAAUCCAAUAAUUGUCUAACUAAUCUUGUCUGCCUUAAUGACAGUGAAAU